AUGGCUUGUACUGUGUUUGAUGGCACUGGUAUUGAUAGUGAGGUUUGUAAAAGAAUAAGGAAAAUCCGCAAAGUUUUGUCGCAGUGUUCGAAUCAUGUUUUCGUUACCCGAGCACUCAUUUUACUGGCUCGACAAAAUUUAAAGGUUAUGGGGAUGGAAAAGGAAAAGGACUGUGGGGCGUCUGUUAUUUUGUUAAUUACUGGGGAUCAUCACUAUUUAUGGACUUGUACGAAUAAAUUCAUCAUUCGUUUGGAAUGUUCAUCUAAUUGCUGGACAUUGCUACACCGACCAAUGGAAAUUGGUGUUUGUUGGUUAAAAAGGGAAAUAAAUCCGGAUGGCUGCAUCAAGUUGGAUUGCUAA